AUGCCCAUUGGCCUCAUCACUCAGAGGGCAGCCAUGCGGACUGACAGUCGGAAGCGUCACCGCAGCAGUGACAGUGAGGAGGACCAACAGCUGAGUCCUCAGGCCAAACGCUUGAGCUGUGGUCCCUGUCUCUUGGUCUCUGAUUUGGAUUCAGAGUCCUCCAGCAACGAUAGCAGUAUUGGUCUCUGCAGUUCUGAAGGAAGAUUACUGCUCAGGACGAGCUCCUGCUCACAUAGUCAGAGCCACUGCAUUGUACAGAGCUCUCCAAGCCCCAAACCUGAAGAAUCUGCCAGCCCUUUGCAGCAUGGUUUCCAUGGUGACAGCAGCAGUGUCUCCUAUGACUACAUCAACAGUGUGUUACGAGAGGCACACUUCAACAGUCUGCAAACCAGGGGACGUCCAGGCUCCACAUGA